AUGUGCACCGGUCGAGUGAUGAGGUCGACAGUUUUCCGCGUCUUUGUCAUCCUUCCUGCGCUUCUCUCUUCUCUAUGCGCGACGUCGGCGUCAACUAGCGAGCGUCUAAAGCGAGCAGAGCAUCGUGAGCGCAUAAUGAGAACGCUAGACAUCAAUGAAAACGACGUUUUGCAGCGGAUGCAGGCGGUUAGGAAGGCUCGUCGACCUCCGCAGUACAUGCUGAGAGUCUAUCGCAAAUACAGCGCGCUCUCGGACGGCGUUCAGCGCACAAUUGUGGCGUUUUUCGACCGGGGUUCCAACGUGUCGGGCGGUGAUGUCACUGAACAGAGGUUGACGUUUGAUGCUGUCGUUCAUGGUGCGAAUGACUCAACGGUUACAAGGAUUCGAUCGGCCCGCAUCCGGCUUCACUUGCUCGAGCCGGCGCGUCGAGGCGUCCGCUACCGCGUCGGCGUGCACGCAGAGAUGCCAAACGGCGAGCGUUUGCUCUGCUAUUCCAACCCCGCCGCGAAACAGUCUCGGCAAUGGCUUCAGAUGGAGGUCGGUCGAUGCAUCAACGCAUGGCAUCAGAGAAUGGGUAGUGUACACAAGGAGGUCCAAUUUGUUGUGCAAGCAGAGGAGCUGAGCAAGGGGCGCAGUCCGAGGCCGGUGCGUUUCUCGAGCAGUGCUAGAGUAUCACCGCAUACUGCGAUGCUGAUUCUGUUUGAGGAAGACGGCAUUGGGAAACUUCCGUCUGGCUUGCAGCAAUCACAAAUUCACGGUGUUACGAAACGCAGCAUGACGGUAACUAGAAGCGCAACAGUACAUACAUGGAAAGGAAGGAAGAGUGUGUGUCGAAAGCGGCCGCUUCAUGUUAACUUCAGAGAUCUCGGAUGGAACACGUGGAUCAUAGCGCCAAAGGGAUAUGACGCGAACUACUGCGCUGGGGAGUGUCCGUACCCGCUAGGGCAACAGUUUCAACCAUCACAACAUGCUGUGAUUCAGACUUUGCUGCGACAUGCUCGUCCUAAGAUUAAGAUUCCUCCCUCCUGCUGCGUGCCAGCAGAACUCCUGCCAACCAGUUUGCUGUACUAUGACUCGCAUGGCAGUGUUACCUUCCAGCAGUUCUAUAAUGACAUGGUGGUGGGAAGUUGCGCGUGCAGGUAGCAGCUGCUGCCGGUGUUGGGGUGAGGAAUAAUGCAAGACGUCAUUAUAUUGGGACAUACGCGGUGGCUGAUAUAUGAACUACGAAUUACGUUUA